AUGGGGAGGCAACCCUAUAUGAACUUGCUUGCAUUGGGGCGGUCACCGUACGAGGCGCCAGAAAACCCUCCCCAGGGUUAUGUUGCUCCGGUACGUCGUGCUGAAGAUAGUAUCAAUGCCGACGGUUACGUUCAGGAGUAUGAUGCUCGGGGUCAUCCAAUUAAUCCCUCUUCCAAGGCUCUAGCCAGGCAGCUCCGGAGGGCUAAAAAUGACAUUCUCUCCACGAUGGGAAUUGUCGUCAGUGGCGAGGACGGCAACCUAGGAAUUUCAAAAGAGCGACAGCACAUGAGUCUGUUAUCCACAGAAAAUGAUUAUGGGCUUGCUAUGGCAACAUUAGAUCAAGUUUUUAUGUUUUGUUCAUCUUGGUGGACGACAUCGCUUGCUGCCCGUAUCCAGACUUUCAAAAAGUACACCCAUGUGCCCUUUAUGCAAAUUAUACAGCUUGAGAGGAAUGAGCUCGGACUCUUCAGCUUCUACUGUGGUGGCCUUCCUACCUGGACUGCAUCCUUCGUCAUCUCAGUUUGUCGGAAUCAUUUUCUAGAACCCGCAUUAGAGUACCUUCAUGGCAACGUUUUGGCAUCAUUUGACAACGACACUUAUAAAUCUUCUGCUCGAGUAAUAUUUAUGGGACUCCACUCCAGCUUCAAAUUCGCCCUUCUAAUCCUUCUGGGACAAGCGCAUCUGUUUUCUCUUCUACAAACACUUCACAUACUACCCGCCUGGGCAGCACCCUCGCUUCGUUCUCUACUUCCAUUUAGCCACACCUCACUGAUCCAGUUUCCAUCGCUUCCCUCAACAUUAUCUGCCUAUGCUAUUGGAAACUUCGGCAUAAACCUACUCACUUCGCCUUUUACGGGGGUGUAUAUGUAUGUCUAUCUCCGACCACUAGUUGAAUCUAGAAUUUACCGUAUCCUCCGACGGAGACUUCCUAAACCUGACCGCCCGGAUAACCUAUCUCUUCGCGUUGCGGCGGAAAAUGACCUAAUUGAGUGGACGGUGCCAUCACUUGGCGGACGAUCCGAUGAGGAAUAUCACCGUAGCGAUCUUACAAUCGGUGAAGAGUUGAAAUACGAACUACGGGUUUUUAGAUAUUGGGUUCUAGGACUUCUUGGCUUUCAUGUUGAAGAGCGAUCAGCUGAACUGCUUAGAAGAUCGUCGACAUCACGAUCACUCCAACAUCAUCUUGAGCAGUUAAACCGCGAUUUGGAUGCAAGCACAGCCCCUAUGGUGGAACAUAUAUAUCAUCCAGUGGACGAAAUGUUAAUGAGUUCAAUGCAUGCAAGGGUGGAACAACAAUUAAGUGGUCACGUCGAAGGUGGCCGACCAAGAACCCCAACUCCAGAUGCUUCGACGCAACAACAGUUUGGCACGAACCAGAUAUUGAGCAGUGAUGAGCAACGCAUGUCUCAAUCUCCCCUUCAACUUGCUACAGAUUACUUCGAUGGUGAUGCACAGUCCCAAGGGAGAACUGCAAUGGAAGAAACAUUCAGGAUAGAUACCUCACUAUCUUCACAGCUCCACGGCCCACAUCCUGACGAAUUCCAUCAUCAUCACCGCCACUCCUGCUCUAAUACCCUAUUUUCCCACCCGUCAACUCCAGAAUCAUCUCCCCUCCCCUCGCCUCGCGUGCGUGCAUCGCUAGUCCAUCAAAAUUCCGACGUAAUCACGAUGCAACUAGAAUUACUGCGGAGCAAUCAUGGCUCCCCUGCCCAACCCCGAACAAGCCAAGAGAACACAAAUACGACGAUUGUCCCACUUUCAACCGGUAUAGCGCAGGAAUCUGAACUCACCGCGAGCGAAAUUGACCGCACAGCAAACGAGCUCCUUGACUCCAUCCUCUCAAACCGUGGCCCAGGCGUCCUCCACCCGGACCAACCUCCCCAUCAUAACAUCCUUCCACAAACAGAUGAUUUGGAAGAAGUAGCCCAAUUCAACCCUAUCUCCAAUUCCCGACUUCUUGAAAAUUUUGAGGAAGCGCAAUCUGCCGCAUCCCUUCCUCCAGCCACAGCUACAGCGGUCACAGAACAUUCACCCAGUCACGAGCUAUCUGAGGUCCCCGCAUCCUCCCAACCUACGCACCGGGCCGAACCUGUUACCGCCACCAUAGGUGAUGACAACAGAAGCCUCUCACACCCAAUCUCAACCCAACCCCCCCACCGCUCCCGCUCCGAACGUUUCCUCCUCCCCGACCAUCGCGUAACAAUACUCUCGUCAUUACCAGUCGACUCACUCUCUUCCCAUCUAGCUUUUCUCUUAGGUUCCCUCAUCUUCUACCCGCUCGAAUCCAUGUACCUGCGUAACCUCGCAACGCAAUAUCUAGCAUCUCCUCACCUGCUUGCUGCACUGCCUAUUGGCUCCCCUGCUCCUAGUACAGCCACGAUUCUCGGUCUCAGGACUGAUGUGAGGAGUGUGACUGCCUUGUGUGGUGGCGGGUCGAGGGCGGAUAUGCUUGCGUAUUUGGGGAAGAUGGGGCUUGCGAUAGGAAUGCAAGCGUUGGUUAGUGCUGUGGCUUGGGGGAUGGGGACGGCGUUGACAGUGCUGGUGGGGACGAGGAAGUUUGGGUGGGGAGAUUUGUAG